CACCUUCGUCUCAUUUCUCCCACCCGAACCGUCUCACCCGCCGUUGAGCCUCGCCAGCACCCUCAUAUCCACGGUUCCUCAUCACCUGCCUUGGCAUCUGAUCUGCCGUCCCGCUCUGACGCUCAUUCCCUUCGUCUCCCACGUCACCGCCGAUCUUCUCAUCCAAUGGCGGCAGCACCCGUCGUUGUUGAGCCGGCCAGGCUCGAAGACGCCCCCGCCAUCGCCGAAAUUUUCUUCAAGUCCUUCAAGAGUGACUUCUUUCAGACCUUGUUCCCCCAAAACGAAUACGGCCGAGCCUACAUGACCGACGCCUACAAGCAGUUCAUGCUCUCCAAGGAGCACGGCUCCCAAGAAGGUCAAGUUGCCGUUGUCAGGAACGAGAAAGGCGAGCCUGUAGCCACCACCCUUAUCUGGAUCAUCCGCCCCGAGGACAACGGAACCUGGUCGUGGCGAAAGCGAUGGCCGUCCGCUAAUGCAGGGCAAAAAGACGAGCUGCUUGAUGAGUUCUUCUCCGACAUGGCGUCUCAGCACGACCGUGUCAUGGGCAAGGACCCUCACGUUUACUUUGAGCUGAUUUUCACCGACCCGGCCUACCUUCGCCGGGGCUAUGCGAAAGCCCUUCUCCAACAAGGAACGGAAAUUGCCGACAAGCUGGGCUACCCAAUGUAUCUCGAUGCCGAGCAGUACAUCGUGGACCUUUACUCAUCAGCAGGCUUCUUGACCAAGACUGAAGUCGGACAAUCGUCGCAGAUGAUUCCCAUGAUGAGGCCAGCCAGGGGCUGA